GUCACGUGACGGGGGAGGCUGCGCACGCAUCCUGCAGGAAGGCCGCGGCGGAGAAUCCAGCGGACGCUGAGGUGCGGGUGGGGGGGAGCAAGACAAAGGACCCCGGUCGGUGCGAAAAAAAAUCUCCGCCAGAUGAUGACCCGCGGAUGGGUCCCCCACCCUGGCAGCCGGGGGCGGCGGUGACCUCGAGCCCCGGCGCUGCCCCUUCCUAGGGGGGGACAUGGGCUGGAGCCGCCGCCCAUGGCUGGGCUCCCCCCGCUGCACGGCCCCAACCCCUGACUGGAGGCAGGAGGUGCCCCACAGAAUGCCCUGGGCUGCUCGGGAUCAGGGGCUGGUCAGCUUCACAGGCGCGGCACUGCCAUGCACCCACCAGCCGCCCCACACAGCAUCGCUGGUCCUCAAACGCCGCCUGGAGAAGGAGGAGCAGCAGCCUGGCCCAAAGCAGUUCCUGUCGGAGGAGAAGAUGGCGGCCCGCUUCAACACGCUGAGCUUGGAGAACGACCACGCCUACACCGGCAACGGCUUCCCCGCCCGGGGCCCGGCGCCCGACCCUGCCUGGGCGCAGUGGGUGCAGGAUUACGCCCGCUGCCGGCAGCCGGAGCAGAGGUACCCGGGGCGUACCAAGGGGAGCAGGGCCGGGGGGAACGGGGGACUCACCCCAGAGGCGGCUGCAUCUCAGUGCUGUGUGUUCCCCCCCCCCCCCCCCCCCAGGCUGCCCCUGGCUGGAGGGAGCGAGGACGCCGGCGGGGCGGAGACCGAGGGGGGCAGCGUGGUGCUGGAGGGGGAGUUCAGCAUGGCCGACUGCACCCCCCUCGGCCUGGUGGGGCCGGGCCCCCUGCAGUACCUGAGCCCCUCGGCGGAGCUGGUGCUGUGGACCCCCCCGGGGAGCCGGGUGCCCCACUCCAUCCGGACCCUCAUGCUGCCCCCCAGCCCCCUGGCUGCCCCCCCGGGCCGGGGGCAGGGGGCACGGCCGGAGGAGAUGGAGCUGUGACGCGGGACCGUUCCCCGUCCCCGCUGGAGACGCUGGGUACGACUCACCCUGGACAGACCCUGUCCCCAGCGCUGCAAGCUUCCCCACAGCAGUGCCCCCAGCUGGGGCCUCCCUGCCGCUGCGAGCUUCCCCACAGCAGUGCCCCCAGGGACACUGUGGCCACAUAACGAACUCGACUGAAGUGUUUGUGUCUCUCCCGCUGCUCGGGGGUCAAUAAAGGAAAGAGACCUGA